AUGGCGAAACAAAGCUCUCUUUUCAAUUUCUUCACUAAAUCUCCGCCGCCGGUAUCCAAGCCGAAGCCCAGCCCUUCUCCGACCGAGGCAGACCUGCCUUCCACAGUCGAGAAGUCCAACUCCUCUCCGAAAGAGCAAGCUAAGCAGGCAGCACAGCAGAAGCCAAUCAAGACCAACAGAGCCAAGCCGAAAAGUAACUCCAAGCCUGCGAAAGGGGGAUUCAACAAACUGUUUGGAGACAAGACACCAACAACUAAAGAGAGCUCCACAUGUUCCUUCAAUGCUGGUGCUCUUGUGUGGGCAAAACUGGAGGGUCACCCUUGGUGGCCGUGCAUGGUUGUACCGCAGCCUCUGACUGGACAACAGAUGAGAGGCCGUGGUCGGAACCAACGCAUACAUGUCCAUUUCUUUGAUGAACCUCCCACCAGGGGAUGGGUCAGCACCAAAUAUAUCAGAGAGUACCAAGGCUCAGACAGUAGCGACGCUAAAACUGGAGGGGUGUUUUUCACUGGCAAGCCUGUAAUCCGUCGUGCAAUGGAGCUUGCUGACAGUUUCAUGUUUGACAGCCCCGAAAAAAGAUUGGAAAUGCCUCGCUGCAUGGAUCCAUCAGAUGAGGAAGAGGAUGAUGAUGAAGAAAUGGAGCUUGACAAUUCAACACUGACCGACGAAGAGCUCAGUGAUGAUGAUGAACAGGCAAACAAGAAUGUGAAGUCAUCCAAGGACAGUCGACGUUCAUCCCGUGGUUCAACAGAAAAAGGAAAUAAGGCCAAGCGCCGUCGUAUCAUUGUAGCCUCAGACAGUGAUGCAUCAGAUGAGGAAUUCAAGCCAGAACAUGCAGCAAGCAGCAGUGAGGAUGAAGAGGGGGAAGGAACGGUGAGCAGUGAAGAUGAGGAAAAGGAGAGCACACAAGAGUCAGAAGUUGACAGCCCUGUUAAACCUAUAAAGCGCAAACGUCCUGCAGAAAAGCCUGCUGAUAAAAAGGAAAAGCCAUCCAACAUCCUGCCUAGUGCACCAAAGCGACCCCCAACAGCUGUUGCAGUCGACGUAAAGUCCCGUUUGUCAGCUUUCUCUGCUCCUGACAGCUUUGAGAGCCAGGCAAAUGGCUCAGGCUCCAGUGGAAGCACCACAGUUUGGGACCAUGAGAAGCUAGAGUGGUUGCAGGACGGCAGGAGGAAAGACAGACAAAGGCGGCGGCAGACAGAGGAUGACUACGAUCCUACCAACCUGUAUGUUCCGGAAGACUUUCUAAACAGAAACAGUCCUGGUAUGCGCCGCUGGUGGCAGCUCAAAUCUGAGAUGUUUGACACAGUCAUUUUCUAUAAGGUGGGGAAGUUUUACGAGCUCUACCACAUGGAUGCUGUGAUUGGAGUCAAUGAGCUGGCACUAACUUUCAUGAAGGGAAACUGGGCGCACUCUGGCUUCCCAGAGAUCGGCUUUGCACGUUUCUCAGAUGUUCUGGUCCAAAAAGGCUACAAGGUGGCUCGUGUAGAGCAGACGGAGACCCCAGACAUGAUGGAAGCACGCUGUAAGACCCUGGCUAAGCCCACCAAGUUUGACCGCGUGGUGAGAAGAGAAGUGUGCCGGAUUAUCACACGAGGAACCCAAACCUACAGCGUGCUGGACGGAACUCCUUCAGAAAGUCAGAGCAAGUUCCUGCUGAGUUUAAAGGAAAAGGCUGAAGAGGAGAGCUCUGGUCGAUGCCGCACAUAUGGAGUGAGCUUUGUAGACACAUCCGUGGGUUAUUUUCAUGUUGGUCAGUUCACAGAUGAUCGUCACUGCUCACGUCUGCGCACCCUGAUAGCACACUUUGCCCCCGCAGAGGUGCUCUUUGAAAGGGGUAACCCAUCUGUUGAAACACGCAAAAUACUCAAGGCGUCUCUGUCCUCUGCUCUGCAGGAAGGACUCAAUGCGGGCACUCAGUUCUGGGAUGCUCAAAAAACUCUUAAAACCCUCUCAGAAGAAGAUUACUUCAGUGGCACCGCUGCCAAGGAUGAGGGGACAGGGAAGAGCUUUCUUCCUCCUCUUCUAAAAAAGAUGACCUCUGAGAGUGAUUCACUGUGCCUUACACCAAAGGAGGGUUACGAGCUGGCACUGUCAGCACUGGGCGGAUGCAUUUUCUAUUUGAGGAAGUGUCUGGUAGACCAGGAGCUGCUCUCCAUGGCCAACUUUGAAGAAUAUGUCCCUGUUGAUGUUGAGAUGGAGAAAGCCGCUGGACCCGCCAGCUUUUUUGCUCGGACUCGUCAGCGCAUGGUCUUGGACGGAGUGACUCUGGCGAACCUCGAAAUCUUUCAGAACGGCUUAGGAGGAACAGAGGGGACUCUGUUGGAGCGAUUGGACACCUGCUCUACCCCGUUUGGCAAGAGGCUGCUGAAGCAGUGGCUGUGUGCUCCUCUCUGUAACCCUUCAUCCAUCAGGGACAGACUGGACGCAGUAGACGACCUGAUGGGAUCUCAGGCUCAGGCUACUGAGGUUACAGACCUGCUGAAGAAGCUCCCAGAUUUGGAGCGUCUCCUGAGUAAAAUUCACAGCAUCGGCACACUGAAGAGCCAGGACCAUCCAGACAGCAGAGCGGUUCUCUACGAGGAGGUCACCUACAGCAAGCGCAAGAUAGCAGACUUCCUUGCAGCACUCGAAGGGUUCCAGACCAUGCAGGAAAUCAUUUCUGUCCUUUCUCCAGUUUCUGCCCAAUUUCAGUCUGAAUUACUUACCCAAGUGGUCAGUCUGAAGGGUGAAAAGGACGGCCUCUUUCCAGACCUCUCUGCUGAACUUAAGCGUUGGGAGACAGCCUUCGACCACCAGAAAGCUCGCACUACCGGCAAUAUAACCCCUAAAGCUGGCUUUGACCCAGAGUUUGACCAGGCUCUAACUGGGAUCAAGAACUGCGAGAGAGAGCUGCAGGAUUACCUGGACAGACAGAAAAAAAGACUUGGCUGUAAAAGCAUGGCCUACUGGGGAACUGGGCGAAACCGCUUUCAGAUGGAAGUGCCCGACAGUGUCUCAGACAGGAAUAUUCCCGAAGAGUACGAGGUGAAGUCGACAAAGAAAGGCUGGAAGCGUUACGUGACAAAGGAGACUGAGCGGCUGUUCUCUGAGCUGCAAGGAUUGGAGGAGAAGAGAGACGCUGCUCUGAAAGACUGCAUGAGGAGGCUCUUCUACAACUUCGACAAAAACUACAGAGACUGGAAGACUGGUGUGGAGUGCAUGGCGGUGCUUGAUGUGCUGUUGGCCAUGUCACGCUACAGUCAGGGAGGAGAUGGAUCGAUGACCAGGCCACACGUGCUGCUCCCUGAAGGUGAUGACCAAUUAGCACCCUUCCUUGACCUCACUGGAUCCCGCCACCCAUGUGUCACAAAGACCUUUUUUGGGGAUGACUUUAUCCCGAAUGACAUCUACAUCGGCUGUGCUGGUAGCAGUGAGAAUGAGGAGGAAAGCCAUGCCUCAUGUGUCCUCGUCACAGGCCCGAACAUGGGUGGAAAGUCUACUCUCAUGAGACAGUGUGGACUUGUGAUCAUUCUGGCUCAGCUGGGCUGCUACGUUCCUGCUGAAAGCCUGCGCUUCACACCAGUUGACAGAGUCUUCACUCGGCUGGGGGCCUCGGAUCGUAUUAUGGCCGGAGAGAGUACCUUCUUUGUGGAGCUGAGUGAGACUGCCAGCAUCCUGCACCAUGCCACUAAACACUCCCUUGUGCUCCUAGAUGAAUUAGGAAGGGGCACAGCCACAUAUGAUGGCACAGCGAUCGCCAGCGCUGUUGUGAAGGAGCUUGCUGAGAAGAUCUGCUGUCGCACCCUCUUUUCCACACAUUACCACUCCCUGGUGGAGGACUACGUCAACAACCCUGCUGUGCGGUUGGGCCACAUGGCGUGCAUGGUGGAGAAUGAAUGUGAGGACCCGAGCCAAGAGACAAUCACAUUCCUCUACAAGUUCAUCACUGGGGCUUGUCCUAAGAGCUACGGCUUCAACGCCGCUCGGCUCGCCAGCUUGCCAGAGGCAGUCAUUCAAUCAGGACACAGAAAGGCCAAAGAGUUUGAGAAGAGCACCAUCAGCCUCAGACUUUUCAAGAAGCUGUGCCAGUUUGCUGAGGACACUUCACUGGGAAACACACACUUUGUAUCACUUGUUCAGAUGAUCAACACCCUGUAGAUUGUAAACAGGUUUCGUUCUUGCUUUUGUUUUUUUGUUGUUAUCUCAG